AUGAACCGUAAUGUAGCCGAUUUUGAUUUUAUUUUCAUUAGUUUGUCAGAAACAUGGCUCACUGAUAGUAUUUUUUCUAGUGAGUUAGGUCUGAUUAAUUAUAAUGUUUUUAGAUGUGAUAGGUCCAGUGUAACUAGUGUUCAUAAUAGGGGUGGUGGUGUCCUCAUUGCUGUUCGAAAUGAUGUAUCGUCACAAUUCUUGAAGGUCACUGUCAGUGACUUUGAACAGCUAUUUGUUAAGUUUUGUUAUAAUGCAACUACUUAUAUCUUAUGCACUGUUUAUUUCCCUCCUAAAUCCUCAGUUGAUUCCUUUAAGUUUUUUAUAUUAACCCUCGAAUAUUUCAUAACGACCUACCCCGACUGUUCGUUUAUUGUAUCUGGUGAUUUUAAUCUUCCUGGUAUUGUUUGGUCAAAUGACGAAAAUGGUGUAACAUACUCGACAUCAACCACUUGCCAUGCUCGUUGUGUCCCUGAAAGCUUUGCCUACUUUAAUUUUUUCCAGUUAAAUGAGGUUAAAAAUCACUAUGGUUCCGUUUUAGACUUAGUUUUUAGCAGCUUGUGCAAUUUGAUUAUUGCGAGGUCUGAUGAGUAUGUUGUACCUGAAAAUCGAUACCACCCAACCUUGAUUUUUGAUACUAUGGCCCCUGUUCUAAGCGAAUCUGAGUUAACUCAUCCCUACUUUGAUUUUAAUAAACAGAUUAUGGAAAAAUUGAACAAUUUCUAUUGUCGUACAAUUGGUUAA